AUGGCUUUGAGAUCUGCUGGUUCGUCAAAUGGCCCACAACCAAUUCCCUCGAGUGAUAUUUCAGAGCAUGACAGAGAAUCUGUCGUCAGACAAGAUACAGACGAAUCAAAGCGUCGCAUCGGUCCUAUCGGACAGUUGAUGGUGCUCGCAACAAUCGAAGCAGUUGUGGCGUUUGUGAUGGGCUUCACAUGUACAAAGGUUUACUUGAGUUAUGCUCCAUAUAUAGGCAUCACAGGUUUCUUCAAGAAAGCAAUAUUCAUGGUUUUUGUGUUGUGCAACGGCGUAACAAUGCUCGCUUCUGUUGUAGCAGUAAUGCUUCUCAUUUGUGCAAAACUAGCGGUACCGUUACCGAAAGCUCUCCUAUUCCUAGGAGGCAUGUCACUUGUAAAAUAUGCUUUUGACUCUAUAUUGGUUGCAUUUGUUGUGGGAGUUUGUCUUCUGCUGGUCCUUCUCCCAUGGCAUACGUAA